AUGAAGGCUGUAGCAGUUCUCCGCGGUGACUCUAAAGUUAACGGUGUCGUUUCUUUUGAGCAAGAAAACGAAAAGACCCCUGUCACUGUUUCUGUCGAUUUGAAGGGCAGCGACGCUAACGCCAAGCGUGGAUUCCACAUCCACCAAUUCGGUGACAACACCAAUGGCUGUACCUCUGCUGGUCCUCACUUCAACCCCACUGGCACCACUCACGGUGAUCGUGCCGCCUCUGUUCGUCACGUCGGUGAUUUGGGUAAUGUUGCUGCUGAUGCUAGCGGUGAGAUUAAGGCCAAGUUUGUGGACUCUGUCAUCACUUUGUAUGGCCCUCACAACAUUGUUGGCCGUACCAUUGUCAUCCACGCUGGUGAAGAUGACCUUGGUAAGGGUGGUAAUGAAGAGUCCUUAAAGACUGGUAACGCUGGUGGCCGUAAUGCUUGCGGUGUCAUUGGUGUUGCUAUCUAA